AUGUCGUCCUUUCCUCUCCCUCCGCGCCAACUCUUCUAUGACGGCAAAGUUCAGUCUGCCUCGUCCGGCAAGACUUUUCAAUCCGUCAACCCUUCUGAUGCCACCCCGCUUGCUGAAGUACAAGUUGCCUCCCAUUCUGAUAUUGAUGCAGCUAUCGCUGCCGCCGAUCGAGCAUUUACCCACUGGUCACAAACCCCUCCUAUUGCUCGCGCACGUAUUCUCCAGAAGGCGUCUCUCAUACUCCGUGAACGAAAUGACGAAAUCGCUCGGGUCGAAUCUUUAGAUUCUGGAAAGGCUUUCACAGAGACCAGUACAGUGGAUGUUGUCACGGGUGCCGAUGUUUUGGAGUACUAUGCGAACCUUGUUGGGGGUGGUGGUUUGAACGGGGAGACCACUCAGCUGAGAGAAGACGCUUGGGUGUUCACUAAAAAGGCUCCCUUGGGAGUCUGCGCAGGAAUUGGUGCAUGGAAUUAUCCCAUUCAAAUUGCCCUCUGGAAAUCUGCCCCUUGCCUUGCUGCUGGAAACACCAUGAUCUACAAGCCCAGUGAAUUCACGCCGCUUCAUGCGCAGACUCUGGCAGAGAUUUACAAGGAAGCUGGACUUCCUGAUGGUGUGUUCAACAUUGUUUAUGGCGCCGGUGAUGUUGGUGCUUACCUGACCUCCCACCCAACAAUUGCCAAGGUUUCCUUCACUGGCCAAGUGGCCACUGGAAUGAAGGUCGCCGGUUCUGCCGCUGGCCACAUGAAAUACGUGACCAUGGAACUUGGAGGGAAAAGCCCUCUGGUUAUCCUCCCUGAUGCAGAGCUUGAAAACGCCGUUGAUGGAGCUAUGAUGGCCAACUUCUACAGCACCGGUCAGGUCUGUACCAAUGGCACCCGUGUGUUUGUGCCUUCUAGCAUGAAGGCAGCUUUUGAAAGCCGCCUGCUCGAAAAGAUGCAGUACAUUCGCCCCGGCCCCUUGUUCGAUGAAGCUACCAACUUCGGCCCCUUGAGCUCCGCCGUCCAUCUUGAGAAGGUGAUAUCAUAUAUCCGUCAUGGUAUCGAGACGGACAAGGCCACCCUCCUUUACGGCGGGCUCGGCAAGCCUCAAGUUUCAAAGGAGUUAGUGAACGGAUUCUGGGUUCGGCCCACAAUCUUCACUGAUUGCAAGGAUGACAUGCUUAUUGUCAAGGAGGAGAUAUUUGGUCCCGUAAUGUCGAUCUUGUACUACGAUACCAUUGAGGAAGCAGUCCGACGGGCCAACAAUACCGAACUUGGUCUGGCGGCAGGUGUCUUUACCAAGGAUGUCAACUUGGCCCAUCGCGUUAUCGACCAACUUCAGGCGGGUAUCACAUGGGUGAAUACCUGGGGUGAAAGCCCAGCUGAAAUGGCAGUUGGUGGGUGGAAGAAGAGCGGCCUCGGCGUUGAGAACGGCCGUAGGGGCAUUGAAGCUUGGGUGAAGAACAAAAGCACCCUUGUCGACAUGAAUGGUGCCGUCGCAACUGUAUUUGCUAAGCUCUAG